UAUCGGGAGCUUCUCCUCCAGUUGCCCAGAGUCCUCCGACAUGUCCUCGCGAGACCAGCUCACUGAAAUGGCCGCCUCCAGUCAAGGGAAUCUUGAGCCGCUGGACCUGACAGAACUUGCCAAAAAGCAGCCAUGGUGGCGCCAACUGUUUGGACAAGAGAGGGGGCCUUCAUCUGAGAAGUACAGUGUGGCGACCCAGCUGUUAAUGGGAGGUGUCACUGGGUGGUGCACAGGUUUCAUACUCCAGAAGGUUGGGAAGUUGGCGGCAACUGCUGUGGGAGGUGGAUUCUUCCUCCUUCAGCUUGCAAAUCAUACUGGCUACAUCAAGGUUGACUGGCAGCAAGUCGAGAAGGACAUGAAGAAAGUCAAGGAACAGCUGAAGAUCCGCAACAGCCAUCAGUUACCCACGGAGGUAAAGAGUAAAGCAGAGGAGAUGAUGUCAUUUGUGAAGAAGAACGUUCUUGUGACUGGUAGCUUCGUUGGAGGCUUUCUGCUUGGCAUGGCAUCUUAAGGAGGAUGGCUUUGCCCAGCCCACCAUAUUCUUAACUCCAUUCUAGGACAUGACAUUCUCCUCUUUUCCUGUACCUUCCUCCCCUUGGGCAGAUCUGAAUGGCUUUAACC